AUGGUACAUGUAGACCUAAUCAUUAAAUUUUUUGACGUGUCGAGCCCAACUACGCUGUCUUACACGUUUCGUACAUUCAACGCCACACAUCUAGAUGAUCUACGUGUUUUGCAACGGAACAUCUCACGUUCUCAUUUGGAGCAAAUCGCCUUUUUGAGGGAGAAGCAGAAAGAGCUAUUGGAGACACACCGAUUAGAAGUUACAAGCUUUCAGGAAACCAUGAAUCUUCAUACAGCCAUCAAUGAUCAGACAAAAACUAUAUUAUCUCAGGCUAGCGCUUUACGCGAUUAUUUAUCAAUGCUUUUCGAAGAUAUGUCAAGGAUGAGUCGAAGAAGUGAGCAGGAAGCUAUGCAACAGGGCGUUGCUAUUUCGCACCUUCAAGAAGUUAAUGGUCAGCUCAUAACGGAGUACCACACGAGCAUAGAAGAGACUUUGAGUUCGAUCUCCCAAGCGAUGCGAAGCUGGCACAAGUCCCUAGAAUCGGGCCUUUCACGAGCUGAGACCCUGGAUAGAAUUAAUAAGGACCUUAUGGCCAGGGUUCAAGAAUCUAACGAUGGCCUAGAUGAUAUGAAAGGUCAGCUGAACACAGUUCGCAAUAGCCUAGAUCAAAUAGCAAGGGUUGCUAAAGAUAAUACGCGCACCUUGUUGGAUAUUCAAGAAGUGGGCUCCCAUAAAAUAAAUGCAGCUAUAAAUGCAUCGAUAACCAAUGUCACGGAAGCGCUUUGCCAGCUGGAGACUAAUAGCCAAAUAGCUCGGGAUGAAGUAAUCAGCGUGUUUGAUAGUGUGAGGGUCAACAUGCGUGACAAAGUAGCGAGGACUUUGGAAGAGACAACAUUUGAUAUCAGGAACAUGGCCGCAACAUCACAGGAGAAAAUCGAGCAACUCAACAUGCUCGUGGACGAGUUCAGAAGCAAACAGGAAGACGUUCUUUGGCAGCUAGGUGUCAUACAUAGAGCAUGGCGAUUCAUGUCAGCCAUCAUUUCGAUGGUCUCGAUUGCUGUAUUUGUAGGUUGCGAGAGACUAUUAACUCCAGUUUCAUACAAAUGGGUAUUGCUGAGUGUUAUUUGCACUAAGGUUUGCAUAAAGGGCUCGCUGUAUUGCUGGCGUUCUAUGCCCAGCCAACACAUAAGAGAGAAAUGCCUAGCCAAAGAACAAAAGCAUAAUCUGGCCUACCUCCUUGAUUCCGAGUUUAACAUCUGGCGUAAGGAGGAGAACUAUUCGAGUGGCCAGUAUGGCCCACCACCCUACUAUUCACAAUGCGAUACACGUAUGCAGGUUUUGAUGCAGCCAGGAUGGAGUCAAAUAUACCGAGGUGAAACACGACUAAGCUAUGAUUAUAAUUCUCCAACACAUGAGUUGUGUGAUCUAACGGGAUCCAUCAAUGAAGAGCAUUGUCCGUAUAUGGGGGAGGCGUUUGGUCUCUCGCUUGGAUUGUAUACAUGUGGCCAAGAUUAA